UUGCUCGGCAAUAAAGGCUGUGAUGAGCUCUUCCCUUUUGACACACACACACACACACACAACCCUCACCUGCCGACACACAACACAAAGUUCCAUCAUGGUGCGUACCGUAGCAGUGAUUGGGGCGGGUCCCUCAGGUCUGACCAGCAUCAAGAGCUGUCUGGACGAGGGUCUGGAGCCCACCUGCUUUGAGAGCAGUGAUGACAUCGGGGGGCUGUGGAAGUUCAAGGAAGUUUCUGAGCCCAACAGAGCCAGUAUCUACCGUUCCCUCACCAUCAAUAUCUCCAAGGAGAUGAUGUGUUUCAGCGACUUCCCCAUCCCAGCUGACUACCCCAACUACAUGCACCACUCCCGUAUCCUGCAGUACUUCAGGCUCUAUGCUGAACACUUCAAACUGCUGCAGCACAUCCACUUCCAGACCAGUGUGCGGAGUGUGAGACAGAGGCCAGACUUCAGUCAUUCAGGCCAGUGGGAGGUGGUGACAGAGAACAGGGAGGGACAGGAGGAGAGACACACGUUUGACUCUGUCAUCGUCUGCUCUGGUCACUACUCCUACCCACACCUUCCACUUAAAGACUUCUCAGGUAUUGAGUCGUUUGAGGGGAAGUACUUCCACAGUUGGGAUUAUAAGGGUCCAGAGGACCUUCAUGGGAAGAGGGUGGUGGUGAUCGGCAUCGGCAACUCUGGAGGAGACAUCGCUGUGGAGUCCAGCCGGGUGGCCGAGCAGGUGUAUCUGAGCACGCGUCGCGGUGCGUGGGUUAUACGUGUGCUGUCGGACAACGGCUUGCCCGUGGACAUGAAGUAUAACACACGCUUCGUCCACAUCCUGUUCCAACUGCUGCCAGUUAACUGGCUCAGCUGGUUCGGAGAGAAGAAGCUCAACGCCAUGUAUGACCACACCAUGUACGCCCUCAAACCCAAACACAGGUUGUUCAGUACGAUUCCAGUGAUAAAUGAUGAGCUUCCCAAUAAGAUCUUGACUGGUGGAGUCAUGGUCAAACCCAAUGUCCAACAGAUCAGAGGCUCCAGUGUGGUGUUUGAGGAUGGGAGUGUGGUGGACAAGGUGGAUGUGAUUGUGUUCGCUACGGGUUACAACUACGACUUUCCCUUCCUGCCUCCCAACGUAAUGCAUAAGUCUGGCCACCGGUUGGGGCUGUACAAGCAUGUGUUUCCCCCCACCCUGGAGCACCCCACCAUGGCCGUAGUAGGCUUCAUCCAUGCCCUGGGUGCCAUCAUGCCCCAGGCAGAGAUGCAGUCCCGCUGGGUCUCACGUGUCUUUAAAGGUCAUAAGAAGCUACCGUCCAACCAGGCCAUGCUGAAGGCUGUGGAGUGCGACACCAAGGACAUGGACAAGAACUACAUCGUAUCCAAGCUGGUGCCGCUGCAGGUGGACUUUGUGUCCUACAUGGAUGACAUUGCUGGAGAGGUAGGGGUCAGACCCAGCCUGGCCUGGCUGUUCUUCACUGACUACCCCCUAUUCAAGAGGGUUCUGUGGGGUCCCGUCACUGCCUACCAAUACCGUAUCACCGGCCCAGGGAAAUGGUCCGGGGCACGCCGAGCCAUCUUCACCCAGUUUGAACGCAUGUUCCAGCCCUUCAAGACCAGACAGGUGGAGGAGAAGCAGGGAUGUUCUGUGGCGGGCCGUCUGCUAAAGCUCAGCCUUACAGCGAUGAUGGGAGGAGCAGCAGCCUACUACUUCCACCUCCAUCCACCCUCCUCCCUCACCUACCUUCUCUCCAAACUCACACCUCAGAGAGCCUGAACACCAUCUACCUCCACCUCCCUCCUCUCCACCCUCAACCCCCAGAGAGUCUGAACACCAUCUUCCUCAACCCCCAGAGAGUCUGAACACCAUCUUCCUCCACCUCCCUCCUCUCCACCCUCAACCCCCAGAGAGUCUGAACACCAUCUUCCUCCACCUGCCUCCUCUCCAUCCUCAACCCCCAGAGAGUCUGAACACCAUCUUCCUCCACCUCCCCCCUCUUCACCCUCAGUAGUGCUAACUUAGUUCGCUAGGUGGUCAACACAAUUUUUGGCCAAGGACCACCCCAAAAAAUGCAUCUAGCUAUAACAUUUGGCACAGUAACAUCACACAAACAUGUAUUUCUCAGGGAGAUACUGGUGGAGACCUUUUCGAGGUAACCCGAGGCUGUACAAGUUGUGGUUGUGCAAACCCCAAAACUGAAAGGGAGUUAAGAAAUGCUGUAUGCAUUUUCUGUUAUGUUUUUUAAUUCGACCAAAAUAGUUAGCUAUGUUUGCCUGUUCAGCACAUUGCCUGCCUCUAUACAGCAUUGAUUCCUACCGAGUGUGAACUACCCACCAGAAUGACAAUGAAAACCCAGUGUGGUCAGUAAACAAUGGCUCAUUGUUUCAGUAUGAUAUGUUGGAUAAAUUAAUGAAGACGGACACCAAUGUCAACUUCAAUAGCCUUGUUCAAGCAUUGUACAAAUCCCUACAUGCGGAGUCUGGCAGACAUUCAGACAACCAAUCGAGGCAGAGUAAUUCACCACGAACGGUGAACACAGAGAGAGCCCCAUAGCAUGUAAAUACGGUUGGAAUACAUACACAAAGAGCACUGCCCUGCCUAUAGAAAACCACGCAGAGCUUGUGGAACUAAUAAUCACUUUGCAAAAGUGUGUUUCAAAAGCAAAUGAAGGGUGAGUGAGGGCAAGAUUCAUUGUGUUGAUGAUGUUACUCAAUCUUCAGAACAGUGAAAGUGACAUUUACAUGCAUGAAUCCAUUGGGGCUGUACACUCAAGAGGGAAGAAAUGGUUCAUGACACUACGAUUACACAACAAGCAACAACAAUGUCAACUGGAUUCCGGUGCUACAUGCAACAUAAUGAGCUACAAAGACAAAAUCAAUCUGGCAUCUGACACACAUCUAUUGCCCAGCGACACUAGACUAAAGCUGUACUCAGGAGAACUAAUGUGCUCUAUGGGCAUCUUUGAGACCAAAUGUGUUAUUCGGGGACGCAAUCACAAGCUGGAGUUUGAGAUUGUGAAAACCAGUCAACAUCCUCUCCUCUCAGCCUCUACAUGCUAACGCCUGGGACUGAUGCAGUUCAGCGUACCAAAUGACCUGCACAUUGUGGAGCAUGUCCAGCAUGGACCCCUGUCCAAAGAACAACUACUUAGCAGAUAUAACAAUGUAUUCAACAGGCCUGUUGAAUCAGUGCCUGUGGAGGUACACUUUGAAUUGGAUGAGAGUGUCACUCCAGUCCAGUGUGCUCCUCGCAUUGUGCCCAUUGCAAUGAAAGUGGCUGUGAAGGCCCAGCUGCACAAGUAUGAGGCCGAUGGCCACAUGACAUCUGUGACUGAACCAGCAAUAGGGUCAUAGUGAAAAAACAGAGAAGCUGAGGAUCUGCAUCUGAACCAAGCACUGAAACGAUCCCACUACAUCAUGCCAACACUAGAGGAUGUCCUCUAUAAGCUUUCCAGAGCCAGGAUUUUCACCUUGGUUGAUGCCCGAGAUGCAUUCCUUCAAUGCAAGCUGGACGAAGAAAGCAGCUUCAUGACUACCUUCUGGACCCCAUGGGGUCGGAAACAUUGGCUCAAACUCCCGUUUGGUGUCUCGGUGGCGCCUGAGGUAUACCAACGCAAGCAGCACAAGUUACUGGCUGGGUUCAAGGGUAUUGAACCCAUCGCAGAUGAUGUCCUGAUCGUAGGCUGUGGUGACACAGACGAAGAAGCAGAACGCGACCACGAUGUGAAGCUCCUGGCACUGAUGGAGUGCUGCCGAUCAGUUAAGCUUCGUCUUGGCCUGAAGAAGCUGCAGUUCAAGGAAUAAAGACAGACACCAAUGUCAAGUUCAAUAGCCUCGAUCAAGCAUUGUACAAAUCCCUACAAGCGGAGUCCGGAGAACAGUCCAGCUAGUCGAUUACCUAUCAACUAGACUCCGUAACACUCAUCUGCACGACAUAUAGGUGGACUAUGGGCCAUCAAGUCAUAUGAUGGUUAUGUUCAAAUUACACUGGUCAUAGCACAACCCCAACUCCAAUGUAACGUAACAGGUCAAGCAUUUACAACACUCCUUUACAUUUUUUUUAUUUUUUACAAAAGAUACCUAGAAAACGGUUGAAGCCCAAAUGGCAACCUAUUCCCUACAUAUUGAACUAUGUUUGACACUCCCAGCCCCUGAGAAGCAGGGGUUCUCUAUACGGUGACUUAUGUUCAUUUUUAAAUACUGUAGAGACAUUUGUAAAGUUGUCCUUUUGGAAUCAAUCCAUUCUCUCUUCACACAACAGGAUAUCAUAUAACUCAAAUGGCAUAACUCUGAAAAUCCAAAACACCCUAAUAAAUAAACUAUUUUUUAAAGAUGAA